AUGGAGGAAGGCUCUGGGAACGCAGAGAGAGGAAGCAGCCUGGGCGAAAGGGCCGAGCCCCCCUCUAGAUCGAGGAGCUCGCAGGCUGUCCAGAAGGCGAGGAGCUUCUGCCAGGCCUACGGCGGACUUAUCCGGUGGAUCCUCGUGGGCCUGGGAUGUGCAGGUUACGCUGCCUACCUGCUGUCAGCCUGCAUCCUGAACUUCCAGAGAGCCCUGCCCUUGCUCAUCAUCACCUGUGUGGUCCUCUUCUUCCUGGCCUACGACUGGUGUCAAAAGCGUUUUGGGGAGAAACUGAAGGGGUGCCUGAAGCCCCUUGAAAAUUCCUGCCUGAAGCGCUGGCUGAAAUGGGGUCUGGGGGCAGUGGCACUGGUUAGCCUAUGCCUGUGGCUAGGGCUGGACACUGCCCAGCGGCCAAAGCAGCUCAUCUCCUUUGCUGGCGUCUGCAUGUUCAUCGUUAUCCUGUUCGCUUGUUCCAAGCACCCCGGAGCGGUGUCGUGGAGGGCAGUGCUGUGGGGCCUCGGGCUGCAGUUUGUCCUCGGGAUCUUUGUCAUCAGAACCGAUCCCGGGUUUAUCGCGUUCGAGUGGCUGGGUGAACAGAUCCGGAUUUUCCUGGAUUACACCGUGGCUGGCUCCGGCUUUGUCUUUGGGGAGCAGCUGGUCAAGGAGGUGUUUGCCUUUCAGGUUCUUCCAAUCAUUAUCUUCUUCAGUUGUGUGAUGUCUACGCUCUAUUACCUGGGUCUGAUGAACUGGGUGAUCAUGAAGAUCGCUGGCCUGUUGCAGUUCACCCUUGGCACCACAGCCCCGGAGACCCUCACUGUGGCAGGAAACAUCUUUGUGAGCCAGACGGAGUCGCCUCUGCUGAUCCGACCGUUCCUCGCAGACUUGACGCUCUCCGAGAUUCACGUCGUGAUGACCGGGGGUUAUGCCACCAUCGCAGGAAGCUUGCUGGGGGCUUAUAUAUCCUUUGGGAUUGAUCCCGCGUCCCUGAUUUCGGCCACUGUGAUGGCCGCCCCUUGUGCUCUCGCCCUGUCCAAGCUGGUCUACCCGGAAGUGGAAGAGUCCAAGUUCAACAACGAGGAAGCGAUGGAACUAACUUUUCAGGAAGGGAGGCCAGCGAACCUUUUGGAAGCCGCCACCAAUGGAGCAGCCAUUUCAGUGGGCGUCGUGGCGAACAUCGCGGCCAAUCUGAUUGCGUUCCUGGCCGUGCUGGCCUUCAUCAACGCUGCCCUGUCCUGGUUGGGGGAGAUGGUGGACAUCCAAGAUCUCAGCUUCCAGCUCAUCUGCUCCUACGUCCUGCGGCCCAUGGCCUUCAUGAUGGGCGUGGACUGGGCGGACUGUCCGAUGGUGGCCGAGUUGAUGGGGGUCAAGUUCUUCCUGAACGAGUUUGUCGCGUAUGAGCAGCUGUCCCGGUAUAAGAACAAACGCCUGUCUGGAGUGGACGAGUGGAUCGAUGGGAAGAAGCAGUGGAUUUCCAUCAGAGCAGAAAUCAUCACCACGUAUGCCCUCUGUGGAUUUGCCAAUCUCAGCUCAAUCGGGAUCAUGCUGGGAGGCCUGACCUCCAUGGUUCCCAAGCGGAAGAGCGACUUCUCCAAGAUUGUGGUCAGAGCCCUCCUUACGGGUGCCUGUGUGUCCCUGGUCAAUGCCUGUGUGGCGGGAAUCCUCUACGUCCCCAGAGGUGCUGAGGCGGACUGCGUCUCCUUCCUGAACACGACGAGUUUCUCCAACGGCACCUACGACCUUUACGUGUGUUGCAGAGAGCUCUUCCAGAGCACCACCGUCACCAACAGGUCCUACUCCUUCUCGGGCUCCUGGGCUGACGUGGAGUUCAGCGAGCAGACCCUCCACAGCUGCUGCGGGCUCUAUAAAAACACAGUCUGCUCUGUGCCGCACCCAUUUUGGUGAUCCUCCGGCUGGGGUGAGUGGGGAUUCCUUCCAAGGGCAAGAUUGAGUUAACAGACUCUUCCCACCUUCCAACGGCUCCAAUCCGGGCUCUCGCACCCAGAUCUCCAGGAUCCAUCUCUAUCUGGGGGCAGCUUGUGAGGCUAACCUUGCAAUGUUAAAUUUAUGUUCUUUUUCUCCCUGGUGUGAAAAUUAGCUCAUGUCUGUGAGCUCAGGCCCAGUGAUCUUGCUGCGAGCUAAACUUUAGGAAAUGUAAAAAUGUAAAAUAAAAAGUGUUGAGUUUGGUACAGUGACCCUCUCCAACUGUUGCAGACUCAAGGCUAUCAGUUUGUUGCUGGCUCCCCACAAGGCCCACGUCCCUCUCCGGGCUAAAGUAGUUGGAUGCUUAAUUAUGAUGGCUUUCAUAGUGAAUGGAAUACAAUUACCCAGCGUUUCAUCAUCAUCAUCAAUCGUAUUUGAGCGCUUACUAUGUGCAGAGCACUGUACUAAGCGCUUGGGAAGUACAA